AUGGCUGCCAAGAAUCCCUUCGGGUUCACGACAGGUCCAGUCACCUUCUGGUUGAUUGUCGUCUACGCAGCCUUCCUCAUUCCUCUCGUUUGGAUUCACGAAUCCGUGCCGUCUGUUUCUAGCCACAAUUCCUACACCGGCAUCAACGUAACCGAGGCCUGGCAGGACUUGACGCACAUCACCAAGAACUACCACCCCUACAACAGCCGUGCCAACGAUGAGGUGGGCGCAUACAUCUUGACCCGGAUCGAGGAGAUCUUGAAACGCAACGGAGUCGACUAUUCCAAGGAAAAGGAUGCAGGCGGCGUCGUCUGGCCUCAAGACGCCCAUGGCACACCAGCUCUUCCACGCAAAGAUGCCAUUGAGCGUGCUUCGACGGGCCCCCUCGUAACCGUCUUCGACGACAUAAUUUCAAACGUGACGUACGCUGGCACCUCUGGCCCACUCGGUCAACCUGGUACUUCGGCCCAUGCAACCUACUUCGAGGGUACGAACAAGCUUGUAUACAUCCGCGGCACAGAAGACGAGGACGGUGAAUGGUGGAAGGGCAAGCGUGGCAACAUUGGCCAGGGCGGCGUUCUUGUCAAUGCCCAUUACGACUCAGUCUCCACUGGCUACGGAGCCACCGACGACGGCAUGGGUUGUGUAAGCGUUCUUCAGAUGCUCAACUACUUCACUUCUCCUGGCCAGCAGCCUAAGCGUGGAAUUGUACUGUUGCUCAACAACGGCGAAGAGGAUGGCCUGUACGGAGCCAGAGCCUACCACUACAGCCCUCUCUACUACUUCACAACCUCAUUCGUGAAUCUCGAGGGUGCCGGUGCGGGUGGGCGAGCCAUCCUCUUUAGAACCACUGACUUGGAGGUAUCCAAGGCUUACGCAAACGCCCCUCAUCCCUUCGGAUCCGUUGUUGCUGCCGAUGGCUUCAAACUUCGAGCGAUCAAGAGCGAAACCGAUUAUAAGGUGUGGGUUGAGAACUUUGGCCAGCGUGGCCUCGACAUUGCAUUCUACCGACCCAGAGCACGGUACCACACCAACCAAGACGAUACCCGACAUGCCUCACAAGAGAGUCUUUGGCACAUGCUUUCCAACAGCCUGGCUGCUGUUGAUUCUCUUCAGAAGACUUCGGGCUCCUUCACUGGUAAGCGCAAUGACGGAGACAAGAAGAAGGUUUCGAGCGGUUCCGGUACGGAGGGCGUGUGGUUCGACAUGUUUGGCAAGGGAUUCGCCACUCUUGAGCUCCGUGGCCUCUUCGCGUGGACAUUGACUUUGCUCAUCGUAUCUCCCCUGAUCUUGGUACUCGUCACCUAUAUCCUGUCGAGGCAGGACAAGUACUACUUCUUCUCAAGGAAGGUCAAGGUCGAUAUUGACGACGAAUCGGUCCCUCUCGGAGGCUGGAAGGGUUUCUUCCGUUUUCCCUUGGCCCUUAUUUUCUCGGGCGCGAUUACCGUCCUCUCUGCCCUCUUGGUUCGGAGACUCAACCCUGAGGUUGUUUCCAGCAGUCCCUAUGCAGUCUGGGCAAUGACCUUGUCUGUGUUCUUCCUCGUAUUCUGGACAAUCUCGCGAGGCGCCAACGCCGUCAGGCCGAGUGCUCUUCAACGCGGUUAUGCCCACAUCUGGCUCUUCAUCUUGAGCUGGGCUAUCCUCGUUGCUGUUACGACCGCCGCCGACAGAUUUCAGAUUGCUUCGGGAUAUCUCUUUGCAUUCUUCCAUUCCGCCGUCUUUGUUGCGACGCUCAUUACUCUCUGCGAUCUUUUCGCGCUCCCGAGCAAGCGAGCCUACGCAGAGACGGCUCACGACGAUCAGCAGUCCAGGGAUAACAUAUCAGAGGUUCCCAACUCUGAUGCUUUGAUUUCUCCAAGUCCGCACGAAGAGGGAACCACAGAAGAGCCCACGGAAACAACGCCGCUUAGGAGUGGCGAGAAUGGCAGUGGAAAUAAUGGCACAAUACGAACGACAUUCGCAACAACCUACCGACGCUCGCUCUCUGCCAUCAUGUCUAACCCAGACGAUGAUGACGAGGAGACCAAGGUAACUAAAGAGAAGCAGCCCUAUGAGAAAGAACAACCGUGGUCAGCGAAGCUCCCAUCUUGGACCUGGUUCUUCCAACUCCUUCUGCUCGCUCCGAUCACCAUCAUUGUCUUCCUCCAAGUUGCUCUGUUCAUCACCUCGGCUAUGCAGUCUAUUGGUGCCGAUGGUGUGGAUCCUUUGCUUCUCUAUACCGCAAUCGCCGUCUUCAGUAUCAUGAUUUCUUUGCCUCUUACCCCGUUCAUCCACAGGACGAGCUCUUUCGUGCCGUUGGCCCUGUUGUUCAUUUUCCUCAUCAGUCUCAUCUACAACCUUGCCGCCUUCCCGUUCUCCGCGAACAACCGCUACAAGGUCAAGUUCAUUCAGCGCUUGGACCUGGAUAAUGGAAACUCUUCGGUUUCGAUUCUCGGCCUGCAAAAGUACGCCCGCAAAAUGAUCAACGAGUUGCCAUCUGCGGCAGGGCGGGAAGUCGUUUGCACUCCAUCCGCUGGCUUGCUAUCUGAUUGUCGAUUCGAUGGAUCUGCGGUGUUGCCCAGGUUGCCAGAGCUGGAGAGCACCUCUUCUGAACUCGUUUUUUCAAAGGAUCCAUACGCACAUCUCGUGACUGUUAACAUUACUUACUCGAACUCGACCAACGAGUAUGAGCUUUGCAUCGAUGCCCCAGAGUCAAAGCAGUGUGUCCUCGAAUUCGACGACUCUGUGACGUUUGAGGUUCGGGAAAGCGCCGGUAUCGAUCCCCUUUUCAGCACACCUAUUGAAGGGGGCAUUGACGGCAUCACGCUCUGGCGGAGAGAUUCGUCUAUCCCGUGGACGAUUGACGUCAAACCAGCCGCCAAGCCCUCGGUGGCUAAGCCCGUGAAGCCAGUUCACGAGGAGAUUGCGAAGGAACACGAGGAGCUUCGGAUUCGUCGGGUUCGAAAGCCUGCAGGAUUCAGCGGAAGAAUCUCAUGCUCUUGGAGUGAUGCCAACGUUCGCGGGACAAUACCAGCCUUGGACGAAGCUUUGCAAUAUGCCCCCGACUGGAUCGCCGUCACCAAGCAAGACGUAGGCCUGGUCAAGGCAUAUAAGCGCUUCAAGGCCUGA